AGUCACAUAAUCUCCUUCAAAAUGCGUUCUAAGUUUUUCCGAGGAGUGGAUAUAAAGAAGGCGGUAAGACUCAUCGUCCCAACAAGAAUGUUUGGUCAGAAGAAUUCGGAAAACAUGGAUACCAUUAUUAGCAAGCACAGCAUUGUGAAAAGAUGGAAGAAACUAAGCGGCGAAAACAACUGGGAAGGCCUAUUGGAUCCCCUCGACAUAGAUCUCCGAAAGUACAUAAUUCACUACGGAGAAAUGGCUCAAGCUACAUAUGAUGCCUUCAACACAGAGAGGGCAUCAAAGUUUGCAGGAAGCAGUAGGUAUGCUAGGAAGAGCUUCUUCUCGAGAGUUGGUUUAGAGAAGGCCAAUGCAUUUAGGUACAAUGUGACCAAGUUUUUGUAUGCAACUUCACAAAUUCAAGUGCCAGAAGCAUUUAUCGUCAAGUCUUUGUCAAGGGAAGCUUGGAGCAAAGAAUCGAAUUGGAUAGGGUAUGUUGCUGUGGCCACAGAUGAGGGGAAGGCUUUGUUGGGCAGGAGGGAUAUUGUGAUUGCUUGGAGAGGUACUGUUCGGUCCUUGGAGUGGGUUAAUGAUUUGCAUUUUAGUAUGGUUUCUGCUUCAAAUAUACUAGGUGAGGAGGCUGAUGCUAAGGUGCACCAAGGUUGGUACUCCAUCUAUACUUCCGAUGAUUCGCAUUCCCCUUUCAACAAGACCAGUGCCAGAAACCAGGUUCUUGCUGAGGUGAGCAGACUAGUAGAGCAAUACAAAGAUGAGGAAAUCAGCAUAACCAUAACAGGACACAGUUUGGGAGCAGCAAUUGCAACACUCAGUGCAGUUGACAUUGUUGCCAACGGUAUCAACAAACCGAAAGACCAGACAGCAAAUAAACUCUCAUCAUGUCCAGUAACAGCCUUUGUCUUUGCUUGCCCUCGCGUGGGAGACUCAAACUUCAAGAAACUCUUCUCUAGCUACAACAACCUCCGAGUCUUGCGAGUUAGCAACGCACUUGAUAUUGUCCCCAACUAUCCAUUUCUAGUAGGCUAUUCCGAGGUGGGAGAAGAGCUGGGAAUCGACUCACGAAAGUCGAGCUACUUGAAGAGCCCCGGAAGCGUGCUUAGUUGGCAUAACUUGGAGGGGUAUUUGCAUGGAGUUGCAGGAACACAAGGGAGUAAGGGAGGGUUCAAGUUGGAAGUGAAGCGUGACAUAGCACUGGUUAACAAAAGCCAUGACGCUCUCAAGGAGGAGUAUCUUGUGCCGGUUUCUUGGCGUUGCGAGAAGGACAAGGGGAUGGUUCAGAUGGAAGAUGGCUCUUGGCAGCUCAUGGAUCAUGAGGAGGAGGAUUUUGAUGAUUGA